AUGGCACUGAGCGAAAACUGCAAAACGCAACCUGCAAAAGAGCAAGGCUCAGUGCAAAACCCUCCAUCGGAUGUUAUUGAGCUAAACGUGGGUGGACAGGUGUAUUACACUCGCCAUGCCACCUUGACAAGCUUUCCAAAUUCCUUACUUGGGAAGCUGUUCUCUAACAAGAAGGGGUCUUCAAACGACUUGUCCCGGGACCUUAGAGGACGCUAUUUCAUUGACAGAGAUGGUUUUCUGUUUCGGUAUGUACUGGAUUAUCUUAGAGACAAGCAAGUUGUUCUCCCCGACCACUUCCCUGAGAGGGGAAGGUUGAAAAGAGAAGCGGAAUACUUCCAGCUGCCAGAUUUGGCCAAACUUUUGUCCUGCGAGGAAUCAAAACUAGUUCCAGACGACUUGUACUACAGUGAUUUGGAUGAUGCGUCGCAGGGCAGCGACCAGAGGUUUUACCCCUCUUACUCCUUGGACAGGAGGUAUGGCUACAUCACAGUCGCUUUCAAAGGCGUUUGCGCGGCGGGAGGAAGAGAGAGUCAAACUGAUGCCAAGGCCAAAAAGUUGCCGCGGAUCUUCAUCAGCAGCAGGAUCGGCUUGGCGAAAGAGGUUUUUGGAGACGCCCUGAAUGAGAACAGGGACACGGAUAGACCACCGGACCGUUACACCUGCCGAUUUUACCUCAAGUUCAGGCACCUGGAGAGAGCUUUCGACAUGCUGUCGGAGAGCGGCUUUCACAUUGUGGCCUGCAAUUCGUCCCUGACUGCGUCCUCCAUCGGUCAUUACGCGGAUGACAGGGUCUGGUCCAAUUACGCACAGUACAUCUUCUACCGUGGACCCUCACGGUGGUCAUCCUCUCACUGUGACUGCUGCUGCAAGAGCCACAAAAGUGAGCGUGAAGGAGAGAGCGGCACUUCUUUGAAUGACCUCUCCACUUCCUGUUCUGAGACCCAGUCAGAGGCCAGUUCUCCUCAAGGAACCGUGAUUUGUGGCCCUGUGAGACGGCAGCCCAACAUCCAGACUCUGGACCGUCCCAAAGUACCAGUUCACAUGCUGCAGCAGGCAGAGAUGCGCCGCAAGACUGACAUGCUCCGUGUGAGAACCUUCGGGGUCCGGGAACGUGAAGCCGCAAAGAGGAAAGCGAAUAAGGAGAAGAUGACUCCAGAGCAGGAGCUGGAGAAAUGCAUCCAGGACUUCCGGCGCAUUAGGAUUCCUGAUCGCUUUCCGGAGAGGAAGUAUAUGUGGCAAUCAGAGCUCCUGAGAAAGUAUCGUCUCUAAAUAUGAGUGUAAGGAAAAGACAGAAGAAAGACAUGGUACUGUAGUAUCAUGUUACCAUCAAUGAAAAGUAUUAACUGCUAUAGGCAAUAGACUGCACCCUCAAAGACACAUACUGUACUAGAAAAAAAAAAAAAAAUAUGGCCACUUUCCCCGCCAGCAUGACUAGAGGAGCACACACAUUACAAGGCAGCGUGAGUCAUUGAUUUGUGAAGUAUGCACAGUGUUGUGUAUGAUAUGCACUCUUGUAAAUCAGGUUGGGGCUUACAUCGCUAACCCUCUUCUCACUGCAGAGAGCUGGGAGCCAGGCGUACUACAGGCUACUACUGUAUCACUAGUUGAAGCAACAAGGCAACCUCAGGGGCAACAUCAUUUCAAUUCAUCAACCUAUCACAUACUGUAUGUGCAACUGCCCUCAAUAGCUGUUUUUUAAAUGGAUACCCAGAUGGUGCUGUGAGUUAGCAAUGGAAUAUCACUAUACUCCACUGAUAACACAUAUACUUAUAGCUUA